UGGCUGGGUGAUGGCCAGUCGGUGGCGAAUAUCUGUGAUGUGAGGGCGCGUGUGCGGAUCGGAUACAGUCAGUGGAGGCACGUGGCUUUACCGAGAGGCCGGAAAGCCGAGGACGGUGGAGUCCCGCAGUGCAGGUGGCCCUGGGUAGGUAUCACCGGCUGGGAACCGCUUGCUUGUUUAAUACGGCUAUGCGGCGGAGUGUGUCGAGCAGAGAUGUCCUGCGCUGGCGCGUGAGAUGUUCGUUCACACGCCCGACUCGCCCACACUCCACGACGACAAUGGCGCCACGCCAUUGGAGCUCGGUGGGGAGGGCAAGACGCUGCACACUCCCGAGCUGCUCAACUCUCUGAUGACGCUGGCGCCGCCGUCGUUCCCGUCCUCGUACUCGCAGUACCAGGAGGCGGCGAGCGGCGAGCCCGGAGCGACCCCCUCCCUCCAGCAAACCACCUCUUCGCUCAUCAAGGAGGGUCUCAAGGUGUCCAUCAGGUCUCGGCGAGCCUCCACCGGCCAGGCACUCUUCACUGAGGAGAGGAGAGAAAUCAAAACUGAGCUGACGUCGGUCGACGAGGCGCGUCGCCAGCGGCGUCGGGAGCGGAACAAGGUGGCCGCCACAAAGUGUCGAAACAAGAAGAAGAUCGAGACACAGCACCUGAUUGUGGACUCGGAGCGCCAGGUGAAUCAGCACAACUCGCUCCGGCUAGAGAUCAUCCAGCUGCUGCAGGAGCGCAGUCAGCUGGUCUCGGCGCUCUCCUCCCACCUGCCCUGCUGCACGAGCGCCUGCGCCGACAGCACGGCCGCGGCCCUGUCGCGGUGUAACCAUACCCCUCCGCCGGAGGUGCCGCGGCCGCUCUCUCCGCUCACUCCUCUCACCUCUCCCGACUCGGAGAGGAGGCCGUCCGGCAGCAGCACGUGCAGCUGGAGCAGCGUCGGCGAGAUGGCGCUCGAGUCGGCGGCGUGCGCGCUGCCGUUCGGCGGCGGUGGUGGAUUUCCGUGCGGCGGCUCGGUGAUGGCUAACCCGGCCAUGACGCCGUCGCCAACCGCCUCGGUAUCGCCCGGGUACUGCGCCGGCGCCGGCGGUCGGCCCGCCAGCACCUCAGGGUACGGGCUCUACAGUCCGCCCGGCAGCGGCGCGUCCAUGAUGCUCUCUCCGCCGGCGUGCGCCGCGAUGGUGGCGCCACACAGCGGCCAGGGGGCGCUGCUGUCACCGGCCGGCCAGCACCAGCCCGUGAAGAUGAACAUGGGCAGUCCUACGGGCGCUGGUUGCGCAAUGUAUGGAGGCCAGGGUGGCUACAUGCCGCCCCCGGUAAGCCAGCCGGACGGCUAUGGGUACUACAACUGUGGACCGGUAGCCCCGGCGCCUGCCCAGACACCGUACCCGGCCGGCUACGGCCCCAGCUACGGCCAAAAUUAUGCCGGCUACGGCCGCAUGUGCUAGCGCACGGACGACGCUCGAGCCGCCGGUCGGCCGAUCCUGAUCGCAGUGCGAACCCGGCUAGCGCCGCGCCGCCCGGGCCUGAAAUAGUGUGUGCCUUACGCGAUACUGUGUGCCUCACGAGCGUAGAUCGCUCCCGUGGUGAUAUGACGUCACCAACGUGUGGUGACUCAUGACGUCACUACCUCGUGGUGAUGUGUGAUGUCACCACGCCCACUGGCUGUGAUUUCUGUGGCUUCCAAUGGGUGCGGGCCCGCUGGGGCAGGCUGGGCAGCCGGCUGCCCCGCGCCUGUCAAACGCAGCUUGUUGCCAGCGAUGUGAUCCUGGCACCGCAGGCCUCGGCGCAAAGUCUGACUAGUUCAGAUCCUCUGACCGAGCCUGCGCGCGUUACUGAGAGUUGCUGUUUUGGGAGGGUUUGUUAGGGUCCACCGGCUCCACGGAUCUGCGAACUCCGGGAGCUCGGUGGCAAUCUGAACGCUUAGAGCUGUUGACAUUGAGCCGCUUCCUCAAAUGUGCGGUGCCGGUGCUUUCAUGCUACCGCCGCCGUCGGCGCGGGCCUGGGCGACCUCCCGCAGGCAGCGAGCCUCGGCCGCCGCCGGUGCCUCGCUUCUCACGGGUGGUCGGGGUCCCGCCCGGCUCUGACUUCUGCUUACAGCUUCGUACGCACGGGCUACCUAGCAGGGGAUGUUUGCUCGCGUAAGCACUAAGUGCUGUCAGUCUCUGGCGGAUGGCUGACAUUGUUAAUACAUAUGUGAGAGAUCGCUG